CGGCCAGUUGGCAAUGGCGGCAGUACCCAGUCAGCCAAAGCCACUUUCGAGCAUUGCUCCGCAUCUUGGAAUCAUCAUGCUCACAAUUCUGCUUACUCGGACCUGUGUUCAUGUCCAUGCGGAUAGCAGCAGCAGCAGCAUUAGUACUACUCAAACACCUGCAGGAGAGGAUACUUCUCAAACACCUGCAGGAGAGGACACUUCUCAAACACCUGGAGCGGAGGACACUUCUCAAACCGUAUACAGCACCGGAAACACUCAUGAUCAUGUUGAUAUAACUGUCGAGGCUCGAGAACGUAUCAGCAAGAUGACGGAUGAGUAUGAAGUAGUGCAUAUCGACAUGACACAACACCUUAGUGAUGUUGAGCAUGUCAGCAAUCGUGGCAAGAGAGAUGCCACAGCACAAGGACAACAUGAUGAUCAGUCUAGCAGUGAGCAUGUACAUGUACACCAUCCGCCAACCAGUAGCUUCCAAAUACGGGCAUUUGGAAAGACGGUGACAUUAGAUCUGAAGCAGAAUACUGAGCUGAUUCCUGCUUCGUUUAAAGUCUUCACAUUCAAUUCAAUCGAUGAGAGUCCUGUGAUUACUCGUGGAGCAGUCAACUGUUAUUACCAUGGGACAGUGCGUGGCUUGCAGAACAUCAGUCAUGCUCAGUCCACCCUUCACAAACACAGGAAACGGCAGCAAAGUAGUACUGAUGCCAAUGAAGAGAGCAGCGCCACUGUGAUAUCUACAUACGCCGCUGUGAGCACAUGCAAUGGUUUGAGUGGAUCAUUUGGUUUUGAACAGUAUGCUGGCAAUGGAGAUGAGGAUCCAGCCACAGCUAGCAGCAGUGGCAAUGAGCAAGGUAAAGCGUACUCCGAAAGAUAUAUGAUUGAACCACUGGUCAGCCAGACAUCUAAACCUGGUACGUAUCCACACGCCGUCUUCAAAGAAUCCACAUACAAGAUGAGCAGAGACGAUCCGUUGAAAGGAGGGUGUGCGACACACUGGAAUAUAUCGGCUACAAAGAACACCAGCAGAGAAACUGCAGGUGAGAAGCAGCGGUGGGAUUUUCCUGAUGACGGGUUGGCUGGUUUAGCUUCAGCAACACGCAAACGUGUGAAGAGGAGUAGCAGUACAGGAGGAGGACGAGAUCCAACAUUGUAUGUGGAACUUGCUGUGCUUUCUGAUUACUCAUUUACCAAGGCACGGGGUUAUCUGGACAGGGGUACUGGUAAACUAGUUGAGGAAAUACUACUGCUUGUAAGCGUGGCUGAUUAUGUGUUCCAGAGACUUAAUAUCCGCAUUGUCCUUAGUGCAGUGUUCAUAUAUCAAGCGCCCGGCGCCCCUUUCUUCCUGCCUGAUGAUCACACUGACGACGAUAUGUGGAAUGCACUUAGGCACUUCAACCAGUAUACCUUGAAGCAUCUAGCACAUUACAAUGCUGUUCAUUUGUUCACCAGCACUGGGUGGAAGAAGUCUGAAGGCUAUGCAUCCUUAUCUUCAGUAUGUCCGAACACGCCGUGGUCACUUGGGAUAGACAGUAACAGAGAGACUUCGUGGCGAAUCAGACCAUAUGUCUUUAUUCAUGAAAUUGGACAUAACAUUGGUUUCAAGCAUGUUGCGCAUUCUUGUAAAUGCAACGCCGAAGUGUGCCCCUUCGGUCAUAUCAUGGCGCCAAAUGGUGGCGGUAAUUGGAGCGAUUGCACAAAGGCCAGACUGGAAUGGUUGCAUGCUCAGGGCUGGCGGCUCAGGUGCUUGCUGAACAAGCCUGAACCGGCGUUAUCUACACCUGUGUGUGGCAACGGCGUUGUGGAGAGAGGCGAGGAGUGUGACUGUGGCCAACAGAAGUUCUGCAAGGAUUACUGCUGCGUUGCCAGAACGUGUCGUUUCAAGAUCUCUUACAGACUGGGCAAACUCCAGUGUAGUUCUGCCCAUGCAUGCUGUGCGCGUAAUUGUACUUUGCUGAAGGCCGGCACGCUCUGCCGACCAGCAAAAGAUUUCUGUGACCUGCCUGACUUCUGUGACGGUACGAAUGCCGAUUGUCCGAAAGAUGACUUAAAGCAGGCUGGAGUGCCAUGCAUCGCAGCGGAAGAACCCGGCGCUUGCUAUGAUGGUUCUUGUAGAAAUGUAGAGAAGUCGUGCAAGACCAUUGUGAAAAGAAAUACAUCCAGAUCAGACCACUGCAACGUGUUCAAUAGACAUGGUGAAGAGCAUGGGCAUUGUCAUUAUGACGACAGCACAGGUACGCGGAAGUAUUUUCCCUGUAAGCCAAAGGAUAUUGGCUGCGGAGUUCUGUGGUGUGCUGCGCCAUAUCCUCAAAAUACCUCAUGCUAUCGGGCUAUUAGGUAUGACUUGAGGCCUUUGCCUCUCUAUGAUCAAUUUUACGUUGACGAUGCGAGCCCCUGUGGACCCGGUCUUGUCUGCUGGAAUGGGUCGUGUGUGAACGCAUCAGCUCUCUGGCAAUGCCCCAAGACCAAUGGUGCUGGUUGUUCGGGACACGGCACCUGUACUUUUGACAACGUGUGUCGUUGUGCUGUAGGUUGGCAUGGAAACAACUGCCAGUACUCCGGCAAGCAAGUUGCCAUUCCUAGUACUGUCGCCAUGCCAACAAGUCCUGAAGAUAAAGUCACUCACACCACUGCUAUAAUGUCAACAAGUCCUGAAGAUAAAGUCACUCACACCACUGCUAUAAUGCCAACAAGUCCUGAAGAUGAAGUCACUCACACCGCUGCUAUAAUGCCAACACGCAUUGAAGAUAAAGUCACAGAUAACUCCACAACACCAAGAGAUGCUGAGCAUAGAGUGUGUACUCCCGAGAAUGGCUGUCAAUGUGACCCUGGCUGGUCUGGAGCGCACUGCCAACACUUUGACAAGAACUCCGAUAUCAACAGCGGUCCCGUAUCAGGAGCAGGUGCCUUGUCAGCCGGAGGUGUUGCUGGUCUAGUUAUUGGACUCCUGUUGGCAAUGUUGCUUUGCGCCGCCAUCACCACUGCCGUUCUGAAGCGCAGAGCCGCCGUUCAGUCUACUCCGCGCCGCUCUUCAUCUCAUCCUUUUCUCAAUGUUUCAGGAGCCGUGCAGCGCGCGAGUGUUACAUCUGACGAUGCGGCCAAUCAAACUGUGGUGUCCGAUGUCUGCAUUCAAGCUAACUUGCCCGGCACGAUAGAACCUCGACAAGUAUCAGGGCCUGAGUUGGCAAUUGAGUUUCUCUUAAACACUACAGGCACUAUUGUCCAUUAUUGUAAGAGACAUUUUGGUCAUAAUCAAUCUCCAUCUGAUCCGCAGCAGCCCACAGCUCAACCAACACAGCCUCCAUCACGACCCAAUCAGCCUCCAUCACGACCUGCUCAACCUCCAUCACGACCGACCCAGCCUCCAUCACGACCUAAUCAACCUCCCCCGCGGCCAGCUCAUCCGCCAUCGCAACACAGUCAAACUCCACUUGAACCUGAACAGUCGGAAUUGCAUCACCAAGCUGCUUGUCCAGAUCUUCUCGUCUCACCCAGCCCUAGUCUUCUCGAGUUCUCUAGUCCAACAGGUAGUGUUCAAAUCGAUAUAGAUGUUUGAGGAGACGGAUGAUGAUUGGCCGCCUAUUCCCCCCCCCCCUCCCCCGUUGCCAUUGCCAACAAUUCCAAUGUUGCUUCUUUUCCCGCGCCCUCUUUCUGUGUGUGUGUGUGUGUGUGUGCGUGUGUGUGUGUGGGUGUGUGUGCGAUUGUUGUGUGCAGGCGCGUGCCCCGUAUGGGUUCUUGGGUGCCCGGAACCCCCCAUUUUUCGCUCAAAAUGCAGGGUUUUGCUUCAUUUUUUGAACAUUUUCCCGGGGGAGGCCCCCGAACCCCCCCCCCCCUUGAAGGGCACCGGCGCACGCGACUGGUGUGUGUGAUUGUGUGCGAUUGUGUGUGUGUGUUUGUGUGUGUGUGUGUAUGUGCAUCGAUUUGCAAUCGAUAGGUUGCGGGUUCGAUUCCCGAUGAUUAUGGUCACACACGUCUUUCUUCUCUUUCUCAGACUCCUCCUGACUUUUCUUUCAUUCUCCUGGGUGGUUACCAACAGCCAGUGCAUACCGGAGUAUGUGGUGUGAUGUGUGUGUG